AUGUUGUCGCAAAAGACAGGAAAGGCGAAACUUGACGACGUCACUCGCAUUCUCGCCGAGCUCAAGACCGACCUCGACGCAAACAAACUCUCGGUCGAGCAAAGAAGAAAUCUGCUCGAGCAGCUCAAGGUACAUGGGCGCUCAGUCGACAAUUCUGACCCCAUAUUUACCCAAGAUGGCCUCCAAACAUUAGGACAAUAUGCAUUCCAAAGCAGUACGACUCCAGCAUCGCAAGAAGCACUCCGAUGCAUAGCCAACGCAUUGCUACUCCACCCGAAAACGCGCCAGAUCCUAGUCGACCUGGGCCAUGGCCCGCAUGCAGCAGAAAAGCUAAAGAGCGAUAGUGUUGACGAUGAAUUCCUUGCCGCGCGCGUACUUUUCCUCAUGACCUACGAUGCACAACUGGACUACACACAGCUCGUGCGCGAGAACCAACUAGCAGAGAGUAUCAACGCCGCAAUAGAACGGCACGCAAACCGAUAUUCCCCCACACCACGCCAACCCAUGGAGCUCAUGGCUCUGUCUGAAACUCUCAAGCUCGUUUUCAACAUCAUCCACUUCCACAAAGACCUGAGCCCCGAAUUCUCAAAGUCAAUACCCAGUGUUUUCAAAAUCCUGGUUCUGAGUGGCACCGUCCAGCCACCCCUCGCAGCCCCUGCAAGAGAACUAGUGAAUGCGCUCUUACACCUGGACUUGGAAGACGAAGAAGGCAAAAAAGCAGUCUUCCCAGCAGACGAUCCCAAACGCAACGCCGAGCACCUAGUCAAAACUCUUGAUAAAGCCAUCAUCGCCUACCCGCCCAAAGACCUAGACGACACUAUAACCCCCCUCCUGACCCUCAUUCGCCGCCUCUACGAAAUAGCCCCAACCGAAGUCCAAAAAACAAUGGAAAAGAUGAUUCUCCCUACAACCGAAGAACGCGACCGCCCCCUCGGAAAAUCAGACACCCUCCCCUCACGCCUCCUCAACCUAUCUACUUCCGCCCACACCUCCACCCUCCGCGGCUCAAUCUCAUCCAUGCUCUUCGAACUCUCGCACAAGGACCCUGCGACUUUCGUUCAUAACGUCGGUUAUGGAUUUGCAUCCGGAUAUCUCAUGUCGAACAACAUCCAAAUGCCCGAGGAAGUCAUCAAGUCCAAUGCGCCUCAGGACAUCGCGAACGGGAUUCCGGUCAACCCUAUUACGGGGCAGAGAUUGGACAAGGAAGAGCAGGUGCCGCGGGAGCCCAUGACACAGGAGGAGAAGGAGAGGGAGGCAGAGCGGCUGUUUGUACUGUUUGAAAGACUCAAGGCCACGGGCGUUAUGAAUGUACAGAAUCCGGUUGAGGAGGCGUAUCGGUCAGGACGUAUAGAGGAGUUGCCUGACGACGAGGAUUAG